AUGCCAUUUAUGAAGUCUCACUUCAGCUUUGGAGAUUCUGAUAAAUGCCGCAACUACAAAUUCGACUCACAUUAUGAAAUACGUACUACUUACAAGGCCCAUGUCAUUGCAGAUAGUCGAUCAAGGUCUUCAGAAGAUGCGUUUGAGAAAUUCCCCGUGGACAUCAUGCACCAUAUAUAUUCUCUGUUGCCACUGCGAGAUGCUGCUCGUGCCGCCUGCGUCUCCCAUGGAUUUCUGCUUUUCUGGAGAUGCUAUUCCAACCUUACAUUCAACGUGUCAACACUUGGUUUGGCUCACAAGAAAUCCGAGGAUUGGGGAAUCUUUCUCAUCGAUAUAGGUGACCGCAUUCUUAAGAACCAUUCUGGCAAUGGGGUGGAGACACUCGAUCUCUGCCUCCUAUCUUGCGAAAACAUUGACCCUUCCUACCUGGACAGAUGGCUGCAGAUUGCUGUUCGUUCGGGGAUCAAAGAACUUAAAUUGGAGAUGUCUUACUUCAUGAAGAAAAAAUUACUGAUGAGGGAUUAGGGCACUUGCUCUCGAAAUCUUUCGCCUUGCAGCAGUUAUUUAUCUUUCGAUGCAAUGCGAUAAUAUGCUUGAAGAUACCUUCCAUGCUGCAGCAACUCAAGCUCCUCACUAUUAAAUUGUGUGAGAAGCUGCAGGUGGUAGAGAUCAAUGCUCCAAGGCUCUCCUCUUUUCACUUUCAUGGAGCCCUAGUAAAAAUCUCGGUUGUGGAUCCUUCACCGCUUAGGGAUGUGUAUUUUUCAUCUCCCCGUCCGUCACGCAUGCUGUCUUAUGCUCGUACUAGGCUUCCAUCCAUCA